AUGGCCGACUUCGGUAUCGGGAUCCCGGACGAUAUCGCGAGACUAUCGCUGGGCCAGGAAUAUGAUCCGCCGCCUCCGCCGCCGCCUGAUAUCAAGACCGAGGGCAUCCUCGCCGUUGACAUUACCGAAAAGUUCGCUCAGGCUGUUCAGACUCUCGCACCCGGCGAUCUCGUCAAGGAUGGAUUCUUUACGCUUUUUGAGUCCGUCGCGGCUCUCGAGAUCAUGGAUCCCAAGAUGGACAGCGGUUGUGUCAAGUCAGCCGAUGAUCUUGAAGAGCUGUAUGAUGUCAGUCGGCCGCUGCUCCCGGAGGAGGUGCUAGGGGUUAUAGAUCAGCUUCUUUGCCACGAGAUGGCGUGGCACCUGGGAUAUCCCCUCUCACAGACUCUGUUCACCAGCGUCUACGCCGAGGCCCUCCUUAUGCCAACGCCAAUCAGUGUGGGAGAAGCCCGGUUUGUUCGAAACGCGCCAAAUGAUUCCCCAAGCAGGUCCAGCAUGCUCGAGAUUCUCAGGGCUUAUUGUCUCGGCCUGCUGAAGGCCUGUGGUUACGUGAAUGAAAGGAUUAGGUCUGAACAUUACUAUGAGGAGGAAGACUUUGUCACAAACACGUACAAUAGGACCCUGCUUGCCGAGAUACAGCCACAGGCCGUCCAGCAAGCCAUCCAAGAAGCGAGGAACCUGCUAGCCACGCUGGGCGAGGAAGUCAGCGACGAGAUUCGAGAAGCCCUUGACCGUCGGCUACAGCUGAGAUCCUUGUUCUUGGAUGCUACCCAAUGCCCCCAGCACAUGAGGGAACCCGGUGUCGCUAGGAAGCCGUGGCUGGAGGCCCUGCAACUACUUCCGAGCAUCAAGUCAUCUCACUCACUAGGACGGCCCGUCGACGAAGCUUUCAGCGCCAAGCUGCAGCGCAAGCUUGCUAGUACCAUGCCUCCGAGACCCAUCGUGAAGUUGGAGUUUGACGACGCUUUUGGUCAUUUGUUGAGGCUGUUCAAGGAUGGUGCCCAGCUGAUCGACGUGCUUCAUUACAGCGACUCCCAGAGUCUUCAGACAUUUGUGUCAACCUUCCAAGCCAAGAAGCCCCAGCCACUGGUAUACGUGCGGACUCUGCUGCAAACGUUCCUGUUUAACGAGAUGGAAGUUCUGGGUUCCAUGAGCAUCCGCCAGAUCAUGGAUGAUGACUUUGCUACGGUGUCUAUGCCCGCAAGCCCUCAGCUUGACCGUGCCAACGACGAGAUCGAGUUUCCUCAGGACCCGCGCUUCGUCAUGGCCGAGCAGAUGGAGCUCUUCCGUCAGAGAGCAGCACAGCCCUUCCUGGAUGUGCUGCGGACAUUCUGCCAGAACCGAUGCCGUGUACGACGCACGCUCUGCCACAUCAUCCGGGACUGGGAGAAUCUCCAGGCGGAUGCUGAGGAGAUUGACCAGAUCAUCCAAGUCAAGGUCAAGGAACGGCCGAUGAGGCAAUCAACAGGCAUGGGCAUCCCAAUGGAAACGUACUCACUUCCGCUUUCAUCAUGGACAUAUCUGUACAAGAUGCGUCUGAUGGAAUGGAUCGUGCAACUGGGCUUUGAGCUGGAGGUCUACCAGCCAGAUGAACUCGCUGGCAUGUAUUGGUACCUGAACUACCUUGCUAAGUGGAGGGUCCAGCACACGGAGAGGAUCAAGUCGUUUGUCAUCCGGAGGGCAGAGGAGUCCCGGGCAGCCUCACAGCACUCGAAUCCAGCCGUCGACCGCCAGCUCGAACGAUCACUGGCCUUCAUCCGGCUGAUGCUGCUCGACUCUGCCGUGACAUGGGAACUGUCGGACGCCCUGUCUUGUCUCUACACCGUCCUUACCCGGCUGAAGCUCGUCAAGGUGCCCCCAAGACCUUACAGUAACGACGAGCUUCGGUACGACCUCCGAAUGCGGCCAUUUGCCGCCAUUGGCCUGCCAACACUCCCCAGCUUUGACGAAUUCACUCAAGGAACAUCGCAGCCCGAGAUAACGACUCUAGAGAUCCUCGAGUACGCAGAGAAGGCCCUCGCAGGUGCUAAGAAGGGCUUCGAGGUGCUGUCCAAGUUCACGCCCGAUGAUUCGUUCUCUGUAGGCUCCCACGACCGGUGGGUCGGGUCCAAGAAGAAUGCCCUCAAGGCCUGCAUCGCGACGGGAAUAGCGAUCUCGGCGCUGCAAAAGGCUGUCAAGAGGGAGCAGGAAACCGGUGAACUGAAGAUCAAGGCCGAGGUGCCCACACCGGAUAAAUCUUAUCACGACUGGUGGAUCGUGCCUCGGAUAAUCCCUACCUAG